CCGGGCGGGUGGGGUGGGCCAUGGCCAGUCCCGCCAUCCGGAUCGGGGACCAGCUCAUCUUGGAGGAAGACUACGACGAGGCCUACAUCCCCAGCCAGCAAGAGAUCGCGGAGUUCGCGCGGGUGGUGGGGAUCGACCCGGAGCGGGAGCCGGAGCUGAUGUGGCUGGCCAGGGAGGGCAUCGUGGCGCCCCUGCCCGCCGAGUGGAAGCCCUGUCAAGACAUCACUGGCGAUAUCUAUUACUUCAACUUUGCCAACGGUCAGUCAACAUGGGACCACCCGUGUGAUGAGCAUUACCGACAACUUGUGGUCCAGGAGAGGGAGAAGCUUCUGGGACAUGGGGGAGGCUUCAAGAAGAAAGACUACAAGAAGAAGAAGAAGGAAAAGAAAGAUAAAAAAGAAAAGCGAGAGAGGGACCCGUUGAAACGCCCCACUGAGGUGCAGUCUGACCUGGGGAUCCUUCCUUCAACAUCCUUUUAUAGAGUUCCAUCUCCGGUCCUGUUGUCAGGGCACAUGAGUCCUGACCUAGAGCAGGGUAGCCUGAUUGCGAGGAAUGAAGGCUUCUUGAAGAACCAAAAGGCAAAGGCUUCAGGGAUUCAUCUAGACUCAGUUGACCGGCCCCGGCUGUUCUCUGGCCCCACCCCAAGUAAACUGCAGCCUCUUUUGACGACAAAGUCAAACAGGACUCACCAAAUACUUGCAGAUGUGGAAAAGAUUCUUGGAAGAACUUCAUCUCGUAACAGACUAGACACUGGCUACCAGCCGCAUGAAGUUCUGGGUGCAGAAAACAGUGAUGCUACAGCUUUUGUCUUUUCAGACUCUGAACCUGAGGAUUUAGAUAAUAUCAGGGUCACAAAGCCCAUUUUCCAAACACCCGCGGAAUCCUUUCAGAUUGUAGUGGGCGCUGAAACUGUGCUCGACCCGGGUCUUUCUGAGGACCGAAACCUCUUCCUCAAGGGAGAGAAUCUAGGCAAAGCCCAGGGUUGCAGUCAGGUGGAAGGGCUUGCUGAAUCCUGGAGUGGACCAAGGUCAAAGGAGUCUGGCAGCUGUAUGGUGAGGGAUGGAGGCUUCUUUCAUGCUUUUGGAAAUGAAAUGCUGUUUUCUCCCACUGCUUCCUCCCCCAAGUCUGUUAGCCAGAAACACAGCCUUGGGACCAUAGAUGGACAAGAUGAUAUUCGUUCUGCGCAGAAUGGACAGAGGCUUCUCAGCAGAAUGGUAGGGAACAGAAGGGAGAGAUUGCUUCCUGAGCAGGGCCAGUGUCAGAUCGCUGAGCUCACGAAGAGCAGCAACUCAGUUGGCAAGAGUGGAAGAGAGAGUGCAUGCCAGGCUGAACCUGAAGCACCUGGUGUCUGGGCUCAAGGCCAUAACCCCACACUGGAAAUUCCGCAAGAGACCACAGCGAUUGCCAGUCUUGGGAAAGAGACUGGAAUUGGUGAGGAUGCCUGUGGUCUGCGGAUGGCUGCUGCAGAUCUUCCCAUUCAGCCCAGAGUUGGAAAGGCCAGUGGUGCGGGGCCCAGUGGUGGCAGCAGCAUGAUGAGCAGUUUGGCAGACCACUUGGAUUCCCAGAUCUUGGGAGAAGUGGAUAACUUCUCUUGGGACUUGCAGAGCUCUCAUGAAUCUGAUCAUCCAACCGAUCAGCUGACUGCAACCCAGAGACCUUUUCUGGAUGCUCUCCAUGCACAGCCUCUGGACUCUCUGGAUAAGUCAGAAAGUGAGUGCUCCUCCGAGGACCAGAGGUUCUGCCAGCCUGUGUUUCCUAUGAUGAAGAGGUCCCGAGGAGCAGAGCAAGCUGUGUCUGAGCCCCUUGAGCAACAGCAAGAACGCACCGGAGAGCCAGGCCUAGAACAGCCAAGUGGUUGCGUAAAUUUGGCACUUCAUAUUUCUCAGCCAGGGCCUGAGGGAGCAGGUGGAAGGCCGAGGCCAACUGCGGCAACGUUUGAGAGGGGGGGGCUGCAGAGUCCAGGGGAGCGUCAGGCGAGCAUAUUUCAAAAUAGACAUGCAGAAGCAGAUUCAGUCCAGGACAGAAAAUUGAAAAAGGAUGACAGCCAGCCUGAGGGUUCACCAGCAGGAGACAAUAAAGAGGCUAAUGGUUCGUUGGCAGAGGAGAAGGACCAAAUCAAAGAGGAGCGAAGCUCAGAAAGCAGAGGACAGGCAGAAGCAGACAAGGGUGAGAGGAGUCAAAACUGUUCCAGUGCUCACGAAAGGGUUGAAGAGGAGUGUUCCAGCGUGGAGAAGAUGGGCUUGGGAGAUACUGGUACCCAAGAGGAGGAGGAGAGAACCGCCAGUGGGCUGGAGGAUGCCAAGGAGCCCGACCCAUCUUGCCAGUCGUCACUGAAAACAGAGUUGGAGAAGGCCAGGCAAGAGGAGGAGCUACGCUUGAGGAAGGAGUUGCAAAACAAGCGCCUGGAACUCCAGAGCCAAAGCCAGUCUGAACUGGAAGCAGAGAAGGAGAGACUCAGACUAGAGCAGGAGGCAGCACUGCAUAAGUUCAGAAAGGAGCUGGAUUCAUUGCAACAACUGGAGAAGGACAGGCUUCAAGAACAGAAGCAGUUUGCUCUGGAGAGAAUGAAGAUAGAAGCAGAAGCUGUCCAGCAGGUGGAACUGGAAAAGCUGGAGCAGGAGAACAUGAGAGCCGUGGGCGAUAUGAAGGAGAGACUGCAGAGGGAAAAGGAAGCGGCUCUGGAGAAGCUAGAGAUGCAGUUUGCAGCUGAGCUCCAGUACCGGCAGUCUGCAGCAACCACUGAGCACCUCAAGGUUGUCUCAAGCCUCCAGUCACAGGUCGCAGAGGCCCCCAGAAGGCAGGAGGAUGAGCUGCAGAAGGAUUUGGGGAGCACAGAGCAGAGCACCCGGCAGAAGAGUCACCAAGUAGCUGACUACGAGCAAGAGCUUAGCUGCCUCCUGGAGGAGAAACGGCAGGAAAUCGAGCAAGACCAUGCAAGAAGGAUGGAGAGGAUGAGGAAGGCACACCAGGAGGCCCUGGCGAGGCUCCAACAGCAAUGUGAGGGCGAGGAGAGGAAGCAGCGGGCGGAGCGGCUGGCCGCCCUGAGAAGCGAGCAGCGACGCUUGGAGGUGCUCCAUGAGGCAGAGAUUGAGGCUCUGCAGAAGAAGCAGGCGGAGCGGCUGAAGGGCUUGCGGAAGAGCCAUCAGGAUCAGGAAGAGGUCUUGAGGAAGAAGAAGCAGGAGGUGCUUGAUGAAGGGAAGAAGCUGGAGGAAGAGAUAAACGAAGCCGCUGUGACAACCCAGCUCCGCAUGGUCGAGUCCCAUAGAGAGCAGCAGGCUCUGUCAGAGGCUGUCCAGCAGCUGCGCUCAGCUCUGCUGGAACUCCAGGCUCAGAAAGCAGAGCUGGAAUCACAGGUGGAGCUGCUGCGCUUGCAGAGUCAGCGGCUGCAGCAGGAGGUCAGCGAGCUGGAGGCUGCAAGCAGGAGCAAGCAAGAGCUGCUGAAGAAGCUGGACGUGCAAAGCAGUGAAGCAUCUCCAAGGAAAAUGGAAGAAGGAGGCGACCUGCGGGUGGAAGACUUGAGAGAGAGCCAUCCAGCUCCCUCCUCCAGAGAGAUGGAAUCUGAAACUAACCAGAACAAUGAAGAAAGCAGCCUCAUUCUGGACCGGGUUCGUCAUUACAUUUCUACUGAAGGGGCUUCCAUAAAGAAUGCCAAGGAAUUCUUGGUGCACCAGAACCAUUCCAUGAGGAAAAGGCAAACCACCCUGAGAGCUGUUAAACAGCACUGGCACCGUGACCUGCAAAUGGCACAGGAAGCCAUUGAAGACACAGGCCGGUCCCAGGUUUUGGAGGGUGUGCGUAGGAACCUGGAGGAGGAAGCAAGGCAGUUGGAUGAAAUGAAGUCUGCCAUGAGAAGAGGCCAAGCUCUGCUGAAGAAGAAAGAGGAGAAGCUUAGCCAGCUGGAGGUGUCCUUGUUGGAAGAGUUCUCUGAGGAAGAUACGCUGAAGGGGACAGCAUGCAAGAAGGUGGUGACCUUUGACUUCAGUGACUCGGAAGACUCGUGUGGUGGGGCAAACACCGAGGAGUCUCCCCACAAAAUUGUUGACUUGAAACCAGAUGUGCAGUUUGCCCAGAGUGACAAGAUCCAGUACCUGACAGAGUCCCUGCAGCGGAUUACCAGUGAUCUGAACGGUGUCCUUGGCUUCCUGAGUAGCUUCAGCAACCAGCUGCCUCCUCGCUUCCCUUCCACCCCAGGGCCAAUGUCCCCUCUGCCCAAGGACAGCAGCAUUCCUCUUGCGGCUUACAUCUCUCUGGCACAUGCCCAUUCUGCCUCGCCAUUUGUGCCUUCUCCUGGUCCCCCUCUGACUAACCACUGGGCCUGGCGUGCUGGCUUGGGUCCCAGGCUGGCAACAUCUCCUGGCCAGGCUGUGGACAGCAUGUUGGCAGAGAAGUGGCACAAGUAUUUCCCAGGUGGCUUCCUGUCGCCCUGCAGAAGUCCUGGCUCUUUGGAUGGCAAGCUGGGUUGUGUGGCAUCCGGGGAGCAAGUUUGCCUGUUCCAGCAGCGCCAUUUCCAAGCCCAUGAGACUGAAAAGCCGAAUAUCCAGGGUAUGAUCGAAGCCAACAAGAAGUGGCUGGAAAGUUUCAAGCAGGAUUCCAGAGUCCCUCUCUUGUCAAGCUCACCAAAGACAGCAGCAGGCCCCGCUGGCCCGGUACAGCUUGGCUUGGAUGACAACAACCAAAUCAAGGUCUUCCACUUCUGA